AUAGAAUUUCCACAACAAACAUUCUAAACAAAUAUUCUAAUACACUCUCUCUGUAUAUUCAAAUAUGCUGCGUCAUAAAUAAUAUAUCAAACUACUACGUAGUUGUAGCAAGUAUAAUUAUCGCAUUUGCUUGUCACUACACUAGAGAUAAACAUAUUUGAUAGACAAAAUUUUGAACUGCUGUCGUGAAUACAUAUGUCUGGUAUAAAAGCUUUAGCUUUUUGUAAAUUAUUGUUUAUACAAAUUAAUUCAGUUCUAAUUAAACUGCAGCAGUGGAAAUAACAAUAUUUCUAUGUUCUUACGAUGAGUCUUUAUAAUGAAGAUGAAUUAGUGGCUCCAUCAUGGAUUAAUCAAGAGUUUUUCGAAACCGUUCUACAGAAAUAUGAAAAUAAUGAAGAUAUUAAAAUAAACAACCUUGAUAUAAGCCCUGCUAGCAUGAAGGGUGAUCAUUAUGCCAGUAUUAUGUUUAGAUGUAAACUUAACUAUAGUAUUGCUAAUUGCUCUGAGUCUAAACAUAAAUCCUUUGUUUUAAAAACCUUGCCCGAUGAAGGCAAUAAAGCCAUGUUGCAGCAAUCAAAAGUAUUUGAAACUGAAAUCAGUAUGUAUACAGAGGCAUUGCCGAAAAUUGAGAAAAUUUUAGCUGAAUGUGGAGAACCCACUAAAUUGGCGGCAGAAAUUAUUUAUCAUUCCCAACAGCCACGUAAAGUAAUAAUUUUCGAAGAUCUCUGUGAGACCGGCUACGAUACGUUACGUACACGUUAUCUCACCCAAGAAGAACUACACAUGAUCUAUCGUAAAGUAGCCAAAUUACAUGCAGUCAGUUUUAUGUUGGGUCAAAGCGAGGAGGAUCAUGUCAGUGUUACCAAAUACGAAGAGGGUAUAUUUAGUAGUUCUGCAAUCAUGGAAAUGGAUUUUAUGUCGGGGGGUAUAUUUAAAUUUAUCGAAAUGCUAUCGCAGCAUAAAGAACUCAAGGUGUAUUUGGAUAAAGUAAAAGCUAUGCAACCGGAUAUGCAUGCAAGAUGUAAAGCUCUCUAUAAUGCCUACAAAUUGAAUAAGACCCAAAAAGAGAUAUUUGUUUUAAAUCAUGGAGAUUUUCAUAUGAAAAAUCUUAUGUUUAAAUUUAACAGCGAACAGCAGGCGGAAGAUUUGAUAAUGGUCGAUUAUCAGAUUUGUUGUUUUGCUCCCUUGAGUAUUGAUUUGAUUUAUUCGCAAUAUAUGAUGAUGAGUCCGGAGUUUCGUUUACGCCGAAAUGAAUUUAUGCAGUAUUAUUUUACAGAAUUUAUACGAGUGCUAAAGAAAAUUAAUUACGAGGGUGAAUUGCCAAAGUAUUCGGAUUUUCAAAUUGCCAAUCUACGUUAUAGACAUUUUGCUUUAUUUUUACUGUCCACAUUUUUGCCUUUAAAUCAUGUCGUACAAUCUGCCACCGAGGAUGAAUUAAAGGAUAUGAAUAUUUCGGAAUAUAUUGAAAAUACUGAUACGAUUGCUUCCACCUAUGGACAUCCGGGUUAUAUUAAGGAAUUACAGCAACUUUUACCUAGUUUACUGAUUGAGGGUUAUUUAGAUUAAAAAAAUCUUUUUAGAUGUGAUAGUUAUUUUUUCUUAGUACAAUAAAUUCCGUAAAAAUUUCAA